AUGAAAGCAAAGCCUUCCGCCAUCCCGACAGGGGAAGAAGGAAAAAAUCCCGACGGAAGUUGGGCUAAGGUUGUCUCAGAAAAGGAUAAAAGGAAAAAAAGGAAGGAAGACAAGAAGAAGCAGACGAUUGAAAAACCAAGUAGCUUUGAAAAAAAAGAAGAGGAACACCGACGCCAUCAAAGUGUGGAUGGAAGACGGAAAAGUGCCUCAAAAAAAAUUAUAGAAGAACUUUUUGCCACCGUCAAUCCUGCGGAAACAGAAACAGAGGUUCUGUCCAUAAGAAGAACAAAAAAGCAGGAUUUGCUUUUUGUUUUAAAAAAGGGACGGAACUUCUUUACGUUUAGCAGUAGAGUGACCGAAGCUCCUAAAGAAAAAGCGAGUGUUUCACCCUUGGUGACAAAGAGAUCUUUGGAAAUUAGUGAUCUGGACGAGACAGCGGAAAUUAAAGAUGUCGAGGAGGCUUUAAAAAAAGCUGUGGACAGGACCGAUCUAGAGAUGUCCUGCAGACUCUUGAAUCUGCACGGUGUAGUCAAGAUGGCAGCUGUUCAACUACCAGAUGCAGAUGCAGAUGCUCUGCUCAAGGCCGGUAAGAUAAAAAUUGAAUUAUUAUCCUUAAUAGAAUCCUUAAUAGAAAAACAGCUAUUUUUUUGGCUGGAGUUUGAGAGUGACGGUCGUGAUUAG